AUGUGGCGAGUUCGCCGGGCUGCCGUGGCCUGUGAGGUCUGCCAAUCUUUAGUGAAACGCAGCUCUGGAACGAAAGGAAGUUUACCACUACAAAAACUACAUCUGGUUUCACGAAGUAUUUAUCAUACACAUCAUCCUACCUUAAAGCUUCAAAGACCCCAAUUAAGGACAUCAUUGCAGCAGUUCUCUUCUCUAACUAGCCUUCCUUUACGUAAACUGAAACUUUCUCCGGUUAAAUAUGGCUACCAGCCCCACAGGAAUUUUUGGCCAGCCAGAUUAGCAGCAAGACUGUUGAAACUCCGGUAUCUCAUACUCGGAUCUGCUGUUGGGGGUGGCUAUACAGCCAAAAAGACUUUUGAUCAAUGGAAAGACAUGAUACCUGACCUUAGUGACUAUAAAUGGAUUGUACCUGACAUCGUGUGGGAGAUUGAUGAGUACAUUGAUUUGGAGAAAAUUAGAAAAGCCCUUCCUAAUUCAGAGGACCUUGCAAAAUUGGCACCUGACUUUGACAAGAUUGCUGAAAGCCUCAGCUUACUAAAGGACUUUUUCACCACAGGUCACAAAUUGGUUAGUGAAGUCAUAGACGCUUCUGACCUACUUCUCUUGUUAGGUUCACCUGGAGAAACGGCCUUUAGAGCGACAGAUCCCGGAUCUGAAAGUGACAAGCGUUAUAGAAAGGGUCUGCUUGGUGAGCUCAUUCUCUUACAACAGCAAAUUCAAGAGCAUGAAGAGGAAGCACGCAGAGCUGCUGGCCAGUAUAGCGCGAGCUAUGCCCAACAGAAGCGCAAGGUGUCAGACAAAGAGAAAAUUGACCAGCUUCAAGAAGAGCUUCUGCAUACUCAGUUAAAGUACCAGAGAAUCUUGGAACGGCUAGAAAAGGAGAACAAAGAAUUGAGAAAAUUAGUAUUACAGAAAGAUGACAAAGGCAUCCAUCAUAGAAAGCUUAAGAAAUCUUUGAUUGAUAUGUAUUCUGAAGUUCUUGAUGUUCUGUCUGAUUAUGAUGCCAGUUAUAAUACACAAGAUCAUCUGCCAAGGGUUGUUGUGGUUGGAGAUCAAAGUGCUGGAAAAACUAGUGUGUUGGAAAUGAUUGCUCAGGCACGAAUAUUUCCUAGAGGAUCUGGGGAGAUGAUGACACGUUCUCCAGUUAAGGUGACUCUCAGUGAAGGCCCUCAUCAUGUGGCCUUAUUUAAAGAUAGUUCUCGGGAGUUUGAUCUUGCUAAAGAGGAAGAUCUUGCAGCAUUAAGACAUGAAAUAGAACUCCGAAUGCGGAAAAAUGUGAAAGAAGGCUGUACUGUCAGUCCAGAGACCAUAUCCUUAAAUGUAAAAGGUCCUGGACUACAGAGGAUGGUGCUUGUUGACCUACCAGGUGUGAUUAAUACUGUGACAUCAGGCAUGGCUCCCGACACAAAGGAAACUAUUUUCAGUAUCAGCAAAGCUUACAUGCAGAACCCUAAUGCCAUCAUACUAUGUAUUCAAGAUGGAUCUGUGGAUGCUGAGCGCAGCAUUGUUACAGACUUGGUCAGUCAAAUGGACCCUCAUGGAAGAAGGACGAUAUUCGUCUUGACCAAAGUAGACUUGGCGGAGAAGAACGUGGCCAGCCCCAGCAGGAUUCAGCAGAUAAUUGAAGGAAAACUCUUCCCAAUGAAAGCUCUAGGUUAUUUUGCUGUUGUAACAGGAAAAGGAAACAGCUCUGAAAGCAUUGAAGCUAUAAGGGACUAUGAAGAAGAAUUUUUUCAGAAUUCAAAACUCCUAAAGACAAGCAUGCUAAAGGCACACCAGGUGACUACAAGAAAUCUAAGCCUUGCUGUAUCAGACUGCUUUUGGAAAAUGGUACGAGAGUCAGUUGAACAACAGGCCGAUAGUUUCAAAGCAACACGUUUUAACCUUGAAACUGAGUGGAAGAAUAACUAUCCUCGCCUGCGAGAACUUGACCGGAAUGAACUAUUUGAAAAAGCUAAAAAUGAAAUCCUCGAUGAAGUUAUCAGUCUGAGCCAGGUUACCCCAAAACAUUGGGAGGAAAUCCUUCAGCAGUCUUUGUGGGAAAGAGUAUCAACUCAUGUGAUUGAAAACAUCUAUCUUCCAGCUGCACAGACCAUGAAUUCUGGGACUUUUAAUACGACAGUGGAUAUCAAGCUUAAACAGUGGACUGAUAAGCAGCUUCCUAAUAAAGCAGUCGAGGUAGCUUGGGAGACCUUACAAGAAGAAUUUUCCCGCUUCAUGACAGAACCAAAAGGAAAAGAACAUGAUGACAUAUUUGAUAAACUCAAAGAGGCUGUUAAGGAAGAAAGUAUUAAACGUCACAAGUGGAAUGACUUUGCAGAGGAUAGCUUGAGGGUUAUUCAACACAAUGCUUUAGAAGAUCGAUCCAUAUCUGAUAAACAGCAAUGGGAUGCAGCUAUUUAUUUUAUGGAAGAGGCUCUUCAGGCUCGUCUCAAGGAUACUGAAAAUGCAAUUGAAAAUAUGGUAGGUCCAGAUUGGAAAAAGAGGUGGUUAUACUGGAAGAAUCGAACUCAAGAACAGUGUGUUCACAAUGAAACCAAGAAUGAGCUAGAGAAGAUGCUGAAGUGUAAUGAGGAGCACCCAGCUUACCUUGCGAGUGAUGAGAUAACUACAGUCCGAAAGAACCUUGAAUCACGAGGAGUAGAAGUAGACCCAAGCUUGAUUAAGGAUACUUGGCACCAAGUUUAUAGAAGACAUUUCUUAAAAACAGCUCUAAACCAUUGUAACCUUUGUCGAAGAGGCUUCUAUUACUACCAGAGGCAUUUUGUUGAUUCUGAGUUGGAAUGCAAUGAUGUUGUCCUGUUUUGGCGAAUACAGCGUAUGCUUGCUAUCACCGCAAAUACUUUAAGACAGCAACUUACAAACACUGAAGUCAGGCGAUUAGAGAAAAAUGUUAAAGAGGUAUUGGAAGAUUUUGCUGAAGACAGUGAGAAGAAGGUAAAAUUGCUUACUGGCAAACGAGUUCAGCUGGCCGAAGACCUCAAAAAAGUUAGAGAAAUUCAAGAAAAACUUGAUGCAUUUAUUGAAGCUCUUCAUCAGGAGAAAUAA